UUGGAGGGUAGGUCCAAACUAUUUCCGGGAGAAAUUUUGAACCGGGAGCGAUUUGGUACAGCAAGUCGACAACGGAUUGAGACGAGAGCUCAGCCCUUUAAGCGCCAAAUGUUGACAGCGUGUAAACGUGAUGACAACAUGAACGAGGGUGUCCUGCAGACCCUGGCCCAAAGACUUGGUGUGACGGCUCCAGUCACACACAGAAAAGCAGAGGAGUUGGUGCGCUUACUUGAGGUACAGGGAGGCAGCCAGCUAGCUCUUACCACCUCUGCACAGACUGUCAUUUGCUUAGACUUGGCUGCCUCUGCCACUGGAACCACAUUUGAUAAGAAAUUGGCUGUGAAGUUGGCCGGACUGACCCGUCCCCAGUAUGUGGCUCUGAGUCAAACUGCAGCCCAGCGGCUGAACCUCUCUCCAAAAGUUACUGUGACUGAUCUCUGUCGAGCUCAUUCUGUCACAGCAGCCAGCCAGUUAGCCCAACAAGUUCUUGCACUAUAUGAAGAACAGAACUGCAGUAAGGAAGUGGAUCUUGGCCUGCCUGCCUACCCUACAGCUGCUGUUCAUGCAGCCUGCAGUAUAUUGAAAGUGAAAGUGGACAAGCAACGACUCUAUGAAUCUAGUAGAAGCAAACGUAAAGUUUAUCAGAAGCUGGUGGAGGUGAUGAUGACACUGGCCAAGAGUCUUCACUCACAGCAGGCAAGUAAAAGUGGCAGUGGUAAACGCAGCAGGACAUUGAUGGAGCUUGUGGAGGAAAACCUGAGUCACUCUUCUGAGAAACGGAAGAGGACAGAUCACAUGGAGGAAGUCAGUGCAGAUGAUGAUUUUGAAGAAUGGAAGAGAAAGAUACUUAUUGCUGCAACUACUCCACAGUAAUCAAGAUUUAUACAUACAGAGGUAUUGAGAUAAUGGCAAUGUUAACAUAUCUUAAAUGAAGUUUUAAAUCAUGUUAAUUUUUAACUAGGCAUAUAGGUAAUCAGUCAUUAGCAGUUACCACCAGGCCCCCAUAUGAUUUUCAUGUAAUUAGUCUUUACCAAUUAGGCCAGUGAUUUCUGGAUAUCCAUUUUUUACAUUGAGCCUAUUUUUCAUCUUUGAUAUUCAGUAUCAGUUUUUCACCUGUUUGCUAUUAGAUGAAUAACAACUCAGCCAGAUAGACAUAUGUACAUACAUACAUACCAGGCUGACAUCCCUCUGAAGAGAGUCUCAUUGUAGGAAUGGGAAUACAGAUGGAUCUCUCAGUCCCUUUGUCCUUUUUGUCUUUUAUGACAUGCAUGGAAUAUAUUGCUAGUAUUCUUCCAAUCUCACCUUAUAUUGUGCUGCAAGGCAUAACACAGGGAAGGAUCAAAUAAAAGAAGUAAUAAAAAUGUAUUUUAAUAUAUAAAAA